UGAGGACUACACCCAAGCGCCUGUCCGAAUGCAGCGGCUUCUCUUCGUUUCCUAGACCAGAAGAAAGCCGGGACGUGACGGAGCCGGGGGGGUUCUGCUUGCUGGAGGCCCGAUAAAUACAGCUUAUUCACUGCUUCUUCGUCGCUCAAGAGACCUUUGUGAUCUAACUUGACCCUUCGUCUUUUUCCGUCCUAAAACUAAUUUCACAAACAUGUCCUGGCAAAGCUACGUGGACAACCUGAUGGCUGAUGGCAGCUGCCAGGACACGGCCAUUGUUGGGUACACGGACGCCAAAUACGUCUGGGCAUCUUCUGUCGGCGGUACAUUUGCCAACAUAACGCCUGAAGAAAUUGACGUGAUAACAGGGAAGGACCGUGAGGCAUUCUUCUGCGGUGGGAUGACCUUAGGCAAUAAGAAGUGCUCCGUAAUCAGAGACAGCCUCCCUGUUGACGGCGACUGGACAAUGGACAUCCGGACAAAGAGUUCAGGAGGAGAGCCAACAUACAACAUUUCUGUAGGCAGAGCCGGCAAAGCAUGGGUUUGUACAAAUGCAGUUGUUUGUUUUCUAAACAAAAAAAGAAAAAAAAACAAUGUAGUGAGAAUUUUCUUCAGAUAUUCCCACCCUUACCUACCCUGUAGCUUCAGUUUUUUUUGUAACCAUAGUACGCAUUAUUGUCUGGUUAGUGUUUCCUUCAUCAAAAAGAGUUAGCAGUCAUCCUUCACAUGGUUUAGAGCAAUUGUAUAAACACCAGAGCUUCGACUACACUUGGUCCUAUAAAAAGAAAAAGAAAUUCAAACUGGACACGUUCCAGAUGGUUGUAUGCUGGGAUAACUACUGUCCAAAAAUGGCAGCCUUUCCAAAGAUAAACAAAAGAAAAUAUAUUACAGGAGCUGGCAAACAAAAACAGUAUUAAGUGCCUGAGCCAUUGUUACUGUGGAAUGUCCUUGGGGUUUUCGUGUUGUGAUGACGGGAGGAGAGGCUACCGGCAUCUGGACGACAAACACUCUCAAAUCCGGCUCAUGGUCGUCAGCUGAGCCGUUCCGAGCACCCCCC